GCAGAAAUGCGUCCGCCGGCGCGUGGCGGGUUUUUGCAACGUCAGCGCUUGUCGAAGCUCGGUCACAGUUUCUCUUCUUGACGUAGCGCGCGGUCGGCGCUGGGGCGGGCUCCGGGAUGCGGCGCCGGCUAGGAGUGGAGGCGCCAUGGGGAGCGCAGGGAGAUGGAGCUUGUUCUUCUGCUGUGUUGGCCCUCCACAGGACAAUGAAUCUGUUCUAAGAUGUUGUUCAAACAAAGUUCAUCCAGAGUGGGCUGCUGAAUCGAAGAAGGAAGGUGAAGAAUCAAACCAGGAAAUCACAUGGCCAGAAGGACCUGCUGCACACUAUGAAAAAGCAGACAGACAAGUCAAGGAGGAAGUGGAGAUUCAAGUGUCUGUUGCUCUGCUGUCUCUUCAGGAGGCGGAGGAUCCUAAAUUUCCAGUACAUACUGAGGAUCAUGUGCAAACCCCAAAUCUUGAAAUACUAACAGUGGAGAAGGAUCCUCUGUCCUCAUUAAAAACUGAAGCCCAUGCACAAAGCUCAAAUCCUGACAUACUGUGGGGGCAGGAGGAGGAGGAAGAAGAGGAGAAGAAAGAGCUGGUGGAAGAAGGGGAACUAGAAUUUUUGUCUCUGUUACAUUUUGAGAUUCAGGAGCAAUCUUCACAUCUUGAAACAUCAGUGGAAGAGCCUCUGACAUUCUUAAAAACUGAGGCACUAGUGCAAUCCUCAGAUCUUGAAAUACUAGGGGAACAGAAGCUUCCAUCCCUACUGGAUACUGAAACUGAGGUUCACAUCUCAGAUCUGGACAUAAGAGAUGCAGAGAAAACGUCACUCUUGAUAGAUACUGGGUUGAAUGUACCAACAAAGAACAGGAGCAGAAAUCUAUCUGGUCUCGUCAGUCUUCUGGAUAUUCCAGGAGCGCGUGAAGAACCCUUGACUCAAAAGCAAAUAGCAGCAUUCAAAGAUGUCUUCAAGGUUUUCAGCAGCACAGAGGGUAGCAUUAAGAUGCGUGGCCUGAAGCUGAUUUUGCACAGUGUGGGGAUUAAUGUAACCCAUCAAGAAAUCUGUGAGGCACUGAAUCGUGCUGAUAUUGAUGGUGAUGGGCAGGUGAAUUUCACAGACUUUGUAACCGUUCUGACAGAUGACCAGCGCUUUGCUCAAUCUAUGGUUCGGCCCAAAGAGAGCAUAAUACGUGACCCUUCUAGCGUAGAGACUCUCUUCUUUGAAGUUCUCACAAAGCUAGUGGAGAUGUCAGCUCUGCCGAUGAAAUCAGAGAGGGAAGUUGUAAGUUAUUAUGUGAUAAAGCAAAGAAACUUCUGGAGGAGCUUUCAGCAGAAGAGUCCCACUGACUACCCGAAGACCUCACCGAAUAGAAAGUGCAAUGGUCUUACUUAUUUUUGCCAGGCUUCUCGGCUAAUAGGGCUUCCCACCAGCCAACUGUUGAAAUCGCUACACAGCCUGAGUGAUACUGCCAGCUUGUCUGAUAGCCCUUAUGCCACAAUACCUCGGUCGUUGCGAACUUGUCAGGACAGGAGAGUGAGACUGAAACCUCUGAGACACAGACCUAUGCUGGGGAAAAAGAGCAAUAAGGAGUCCAACCCUAAUUCUGAGGACAGACAGAGAGCUGGAACACCAAGUCAGUGAGCAGAACUGCACGUGCAAUCUCACCCAGUUCUGAAUGUAUGAAUUCUUUCUUCAUUUUCAAUAACGAAUACUCUGAAACUCUAGCCAAAAACUAUCCAAGCACAACUGUACAAGAAAGGCAUAUGUUACAAAUUUAAUUCUGACUCAUCCGCUACUUUAUGAUUCAGUAUAUUUCUAUAAUACUUACUCCUGCAGCUGGGCACUGGGGAAAGGGUGUGUGUG